AUGUCAAAAAAAAAAAAAAAAUUAAAAAAUGGGCAGAGACUCUGGAAGGGCCCUGCACUGGGAGGCAAAGGAAAGGAGUUGCUGAUUAUUGGAGGUUCUUUUGGUCUUUGUGAGUUUUCACAAAUCCAUUAUGAUGCUGUGAAGAUUAAAAUUGAUCCUGAGUUAGAAAAAAAGCUGAAAAUGAAUAAAGUGUCAUUGGAAUCAGAGUAUGAGAAAAUAAAGGACUCCACUUUUGAUGAGUGGAAGAAUAUUCAAGGACCCAGGCCUUGGGAAGAUCCUGACCUUCUCCAAGGAAGAAACCCAGAAAUUCUUAAGACUAAGACUACUUGCCUAUGCUGAUUCUUUUUUUUUUCUUUUUAAAUAGAAGUGUUAUCAACUGGAGUUCCCACUAUAUACUCCUAUCCAGUGGAAAGAAAGUUCCAGACCUGCAGAAGCCUGGAUGAGAGUAAUUUGAUGACAAGUACUCUUGAUAAAAAGUCAAGUACAGGUUUUCAUACAUCCUAAAUCAUUUAUUUGCAAAUGAAGGUAACAAUGUUGACCACAUAUACUUUAUACUGCUCAAUAAAAAUGUGAAUACUGCUA